ACGAAGACAGGGAUGAACUGUAUGGAGAAAUUAGGACAUCAGGAGGACUGUCAACAACUCCUAAAUAAUUGUUAGGACAUCAUGUAAUGUGCAGGUGUUUUUGUUGAAACUUGUGAUUCUAAAUAUUCUGGAUAUUUAAUAGGUAUGUUGUUUUUUGCCUUUUUUACUUUUGCACUCAACAAUGAAGCAAAGAUUCGUGUGGAGAUAUCUCCAUCACUGAAAGCCAGAAUGUGUUUUCAUCAGUCAAGCAAAUGAUCGUCUUUACUGGGACCUCUUCGCCUCUGAGGAUAAUUCUCUAGGAAAGCCUCCAGCCCACUGUUUGCACCAUGCCUUACCACGAUGAAGAGUACCCUGGUCAGCCUCUAUGGCAGUCUGUGCUGCUCUUCUGCUGCAAGGGGAUGAUCGAGGGCAUCAUGGUCGUACUCUUCUUCUGGCUCCUGGUGCAGGUCCUCUUCACCAAACAACUGGAAGUUCACCUACAAAUUCUCCUCUUGGUCGGCCUCAUCGUCUUCUGUCUCUCUUUGAUCCUGGGAUGUGUCCUGUGCUGGAGGAAAAGUCAGAUUUGUUCAAGGAAAGACAAAGAUCCUGUGACGCCAGCCCCUGCUGAACCCGUGACCUUUGCCCCGAGCUCAACUCCCUCGGCAGCAACAACAGAUUCCAGGCAGCAGUAUGAGGAGCUGGACGGAGACCUGCUGGAGUAUCCCUCCACAUUCACUAGCCCUGCCCCUUCGGAGGGUGAUUUCACCUCUCUGCCGUUUUCUAAUCUAGCUCGAACCGCCUCUGAGCGGAAGGAGCAGCCAAAGUCUCAUUUUGCCUUGCGCCGUCUCAGCACACCACCGCUAAUGUCACUCCUUUAUAAACCCAUAGAUCCCAGCCACACUUCCAUGCCCACGUUUCCCAAACUGGCACUAUUGUCCAAAACAUGUAAUACUCUGCAGAGGCGCUGCACUGUCCCUGAAGACAAUAUAUCUUAUAAUGAACUCAGCAGGCUCACCAGCCCUGGUGCUGUCUCUCCCUCUAUGCCUGAGGAACCAAUCCCACUAGCUCCACUGAGCUAUGGCUCCAGUGCCAGCUGCAAACAGCCAGCAUCCCAAACACCCUGCCUCCAUUUCACCAUGGCCUUCUCUCCAGAGCAGCACACCCUGGCAGUCACUGUCUUCAGCCUCAGUGGGAUGCCUCACAGACUGGAGGACGUGUCCGUGCUGGGCAGCCUGCCGCCUCUGUACCCCUGUCCCACACAGGCCUCCGUCCAGAGCCGCCUCAGCGCGGGGCCGCGCAGCCUGGUGCUGCUUUUGAAGGUGAACUCUGUGAAUGAGCUCCAGAGGUGCACGCUCAGGGCAGCUGUGUACACCCGGGAGCCUCACAGCCUGGGAGGCACCGCGCUGGGUGAACUGGAGGUGGAAUGUGGGGGAACAGACUGGAGAGCAGGGCAUCCAAUCCACUACACGAAAGAACUAAACCCAAACAAGGGGAAACUAAAAAAGAGUUUGAUCUCCAAGGAUGCACAGACGCAUAAGGGGCUUAGCUGUCCUCCGCAGAUCUUCAUUUUGCUGCAGUAUCAGUCUCUGGCCCACCGGAUCAAAACCACAGUCCUCAGAGCAGAUAACCUGGAGAAACUCGCUCACAUGUCAGCAGCACCAGACUACCUGGUGGUGAUCAAUCUGCAUCACGACAGAAGUGUGAUCAGCAGCAGAGAGACUAAGGGAGGCUGCUGCACUGUGAGGAACAGCUCAUUCCUGUUUGAGCUUCCUCCAGGAGACGUCAGUCAGCUGCCCCUCAUGCUGGAGUUCAUAAUCAUGCAGAAUCACGUGGACCCAGAGGCUACAGUUCUUGGUCGAGUCUUCAUCGGUGCAGCGGCUGCAGAUGCAGGCCGCGCUCACUGGAGGGACAUGUGCAGUCUGCAGAUGGAGCAGGCACGCUGGCACAAUGUUGAACCAGAACCACAGUAGAUACACAUGUCCUUAAAAACUGUUCUGUGGCCAGUGGACCUCAUACACUGUGAACUCAGAGCUGAUAUAACAUUU